AAACUUUUGUCUUGUAGAUGUUUUGUUUGUGGCUAAUCUUUGCCACAACGUGUAUUCUUCAAUUAGAAGGCAAAAUCGCCACAAACAUAUUUUCUUGAGAAAUGAGUUUGCUGUCCUCCUGUAGCAGAUACCUGAAUUGUAAUCAUCUGAUUAGAUGACAAUAAUGACUCCUACUUAUUGAGCCCACAUAAUGUCCCAAGUAUCAUAAACACUUUGCUACAUUGUCUGAGAGUCUCCUAUGUACUAUCAUUUCCAUUAUUUCUCUAGAAGAAGAAACUAAAAUGGAUAUUUUAAGCAAAUAUUUGAGGACAAAUAGAUUGGAGGUCAUCGAGGUGGAGUUUUAGUGUACAGACUUCUGACUUGAAAACCCAUGCUCUUUCCCGCAUGGUUUCCUAGUUCUGAUGUACAUUUUUGUUCUUGAUUUUCCAACUGUGGCAAGGAAAGGAUUGCUUUAAGGUACAAUUGUUUAUCCUGGAAGAAACCCAAAUGAGUCCUUUGGAUUUUUGUAUCAGAGUGUGUCUGCUAUAAAGUAGUUGCCAAUACCAAAUUAGCUUAACUAUUAUAGCCAUAGUUGAUUAUGUCUGCCAAAAUUAUAUCCAAUGUAUCUUUUUCUUAAUUAGAUGAUUCCAUACAGAAACUAUGUCCUACCUUUGAACCAUUUGGAUCUAGACAUUUCUUUGGAAUUUAUUUCAUUUCUGUUCUUUGAAAGGGACCCAGCUUACUAGAUACCCUCUGGGACCUGAGCACACACAAAAUGUAAGAAGAUGCAAUCAAAUACACGACCUGAACGGUCACUGGGUUUAGGAGAGCUAGGUGAUCCAUACAGUGGAAAAUUGUAGGAUAACAGAAACAGGUACAAAGCUUUGUGUCAUGGUAGAGGAAAGAGUGGCUAAUCAGAGGAGAGGGUUUUGGAGAUGUCUUUGGUAAGGAGGUGACAUGACAUCGAGGCCUUGAAAGGUAAAGAGUUUGCCAGGCAAAGAAGGGUAGACGGCAGUCCUUGGGAGAUAAGGGAAUCACUGUGUGAAAGACAUGUGUCUAUAUAAGAGUAGAAUAAGUUUUUUUCAAUAUGAUCAGUUUGUCACAGCUUGGUACAGAUGGUCUAGGAUAAGGAAGGUUCAACCAAAGUAUGCUACAGCACUUUGAGGGUGAUUUUUUGAAGAAUCAGCUGUAAUGCUAUGAAAUAUGAAUGUGUUCCCCCAGGCCCAUUGGCUCUCAAAAUGGGGGGCAUGGACCAGUGGUAGUCAUUUUGUGCUUCCGCACACACUUCCAAGUUUCAUUCGUUGCAUAUUUGAAUGUUUCUGAUAAAAAAAAUCUGGAUUAGUUCAUCAAACCUAAGGUAACAUAGGACUUGAUUUAAUAAAGUAGAAACUAUAUUAGUCUUGAGUUGAUCUAAGGACAAAUAGUAAGUAAGUAAGAGUAUGAAUAUAUUCUAUAUCACCAAGUUAUAACCUCAUAUAAUUAGAUGUAAGAAAUCUAGUAGGCAAUAGAAAAUAACUUGACAUUUUUAGCAAAGGAGAAUCACUAGCACACUUUCACUGGAGGGAGGCUUGAUCAGUGUACGAGGAGAGUGUUUUCCUUCGGAGAGAUAAGUAGUGACUGGGAGAGGAGGAAACAGACUUAAGAGAUACUUACACUUAUUAGCUAGAAUUAGUAGGAAUUGUACAUGUAAAUAUUAUCCUAUUAGUGUUGCUACUUGCUUGUCCUUUAUCUUUUAUGUUGGGCGUAAUAUUGCCAGAGCAUGCUAUUUCAUACAUUAAGGUAACAGUCAGGGGAAUGGUCACUCUUCAGGAGAGUGGAUUUGGAUUAUACAAAAGCACCCCUCUUGCUUCACUGAGUGUUACUGAGACCCUUCAAAAUUCAAUUGAAAUAUGACCAUCUCUGUGUAGCCUUCCCAUUAAACAAUCCACAUAUGUAUGAAUAGACACACAAUGCAAGGUUCAUGAUCUCCCUCUGAGGGACCUAUACUGCCUACCUCUCUUCUGGAGCAGAUCAUACUGUAGUGUUCGUUCUGUGGAUCUUUCUGUCUCAGUAGGUUGUAAGCUCCUGAGGGCAGGGACCACAUCUUGUUCCUCUCCAUACACUUAGAAAGAGCACCUGGAAUAUUAGACAUCUAAGAAGUGAUUAUUGUGUGACAAAAAUGUAACAAACAUCUCCAUGAAUCCAACUGUGGACCUUGGUAAUGCAGGAAAUUAAAAAGUAUGGAAAAUGUAAAUUGACAGGUACAGCAGUUUUCUGCACUUGUUCCUUUUACUGAACCUAGCAGUUAAAACUCUCAUACUUUGACUUUUAAAUUUUUUAGACAUUUUUGUUUUCUUUUUCAGGCCAUACAACUCCCAGUGGAGUAUAACAUAUGCCAACUUAAAGGUGUACUUAACUUACACAUGGCACAUACAUAAGUCUUUGUAUGUACACACAGAAAAAUUGCUGUACUAUUAAAUAUAUACAAAUAGGGGUUUGCCACAAAUGAUAAGAUUACAUAUGACUUAUACUUGUAUCUCUUAUAUGUAUUUAUUAUCCUAAUUUUACAAAGAAACAUUUAUUAUUUUGAAAUAAUUUUUGUAAUACUGGAUUUCUACUAGCUCUAGACCAACUUUCUUCCCAUCUGUUUUACAUAUAAAAGAUAUUUUAUAAAUCACAAAUCUGAUGCUAUUCAGCCUCAGAACUAUAUAAAUAGUUCAAAGGCUGCCCACCAUCCUUGGGAUAAUAUCUACAGUUUUUUAGCUGGCUGAUGAAAGCUUUGCAAAUCACCUCCAGUAGCAUCAAUUUUACUUCAUAUAACUUAUUUUUUUCUUGGGAUUGUAGGCUACUGUCAGGAAGAUGUGAAAUGUUUGUAGUUGACUAAAUGUUGAUGUAGAUUAUAUAGAACACACAAACUACUGGUAUUCUAUCCUCAGAACAGCGUAUUAAAUACAUCCAAUAGUUAUUACUAUAUUAAGUUGGCUGGCAGAGACAAAAUUAUGUGAGUUUGAGGACAGCCUAAUCUAUAUAGUAAGUCCCAGACCAGCUGGAGCUACACAGCAAAACCCUGUUUCAGAAAAAAACAUAUUACUAUUUUACAGACAGGGUAGAUUAAUUUAAAUAAAUGAUAGAAGCAAAGUUAUAAUAAGGAACUUUGUUAAGAAGAACCAUCAACCCCCUGCGGUGACUUAGUGUUUUGCAUUUUCCUGCAAUCACCUGUCUUUGUCAUUCCCUCCGGCAAGUUAUAUGUGAUCAUAGCAUAGCAAGAACAGUCCAAAACUGAUGUGGUUUUAACAUGUACUGCUUUGCAUCAUGUAAUGUACAGAAGCCUUUCCUUACACAAUACUUCAGGCAAGGGAAGUGGACCAGCUCCAAUUUCUCUGCAUUUCUCUCUGAUUUGGAAGUCUGUCUUUGGGAACAGGGGUGCUAAUAGAAAGCUAGAGAAAAUCAGGAUAAAAUUGAGUAUACAAGAAGGAGUGCAUGCCAUGGGGCCAAUGUCAUUGGUUAAUUUCUUUUUUAAUGCCAUGUGAAUGCAUUUUUCGUAGUGUAUCCCCGGGGAAGAUGUUGGUUGGAUUAUACAGUUAAUCCUAUUUGUAGAAUAUAGCCCAUGCAUGCACUGUAUUCUUGUGUUAAGUGAUCUUAGACAUAUAUAUGGGGAUUACUAUAAUGACAUACAAUUACAUGAAUGUCAGGUAUCAAAUUUUUCUCUACAAAAGUAUAUUUGUUGUCAUAUAGUCACUUAGUAUCCUGCAGCCUGAUUUAUCCUUCAUUUUCCUUACAGAAUAAUAACCAUUGUGCAAAACUAGAUGAUCUUUAGAGGACAGAAGUUAUGGGCAUAAAUCAUCUGGAAAUGAAAUAAUAUUUCUUUGCAUCGACUAUGAUAUCCCUUUUAAGCCCAUUAGUUUUACAAUUAACAUGCCUAUAUACUAAUAAAAAAGAAUCUGUAAUUCUCCAGUUCAACAUCAAAAUUACAGUUAAGGUUUCAAAUUAUUCCGUGAAUUAUUGCAGGCUUAUUAUAUGGAAUUACUGUUCCAGGCUCUACACCACAUACUCAUAAAUACUCAUUUUGAUGUCUUGGAGUUUGUGUGUGUGGUGUGUGUGUGUGGUGUGUGUGUGUGGGUGUGUGUGUGUGUGUGAGAGAGAGAGAGAGAGAGAGAGAGAGAGAGAGAGAGAGAGAGAGAGAGAGAACUUAAAGAGACAGACACACAGAGACAGAGAUAUUAGUGAACGAACUUCAAGAGUUAGGGAAAGAAAGAGAACAUUUAACAAGCAAGUCCAUCUUCUAAGUAUACAUUUACCCAGCUGAACAUUGGGGUGUGCCAGAGGGGGUUCAUUUUUCUUUUCCCCUUUUUCCCUCUGUGGGAUAACUAGGCAGAAGUAAGCUACCAGAGAGCUGAUAAGCAAAUGAAACACUUGUGUGUUUGUAAACAGUAUUACCUAAGAAAGGCUGGGGUUCUGCAGCUCUAGCCCUACACAAGCUUGCCAGUGAUGUGAGAAUUAUGAUUGUGUCAGCUUUUCCAGGGCUUCUGUCUCUGCUGCAGAGAUUUGGCAGACACCUCAGACAAAUUUUAUGUCUCUUAAAUCUUCCUCAAGCGAGACUUGGCCCUUAGAUUUAUAUGUACAAAAAAAGUGAAGUGUUUACCAGUUUGACAUUUUUGAAGAUCAAAACAGACUCAGUUGUUUUUCUCUUUUAAGUUCAGCAAAGCACUUCAGUUUAGUCUAAAGAAAAAGGAUCAUUUCUGUGUACCAACUUUUAAGAAACAGCCCCAAUGUUGACUAGAAGUCAACUGAUCAGACACUCGAAGAUGUAUAAUCUUCCGCUUAGUUUGUUUUUCUAUUUCUUGCCUACAAGGUUUAAUGUUGAGCUGGCCUUAAUUUUCCUUCUUUAAACUUUACUGAUAACAUUGUAAAAUGGAGACACAGUGAAGUGCACUGGUGAUGUCUGAUGAACAAAGAUUUUUUUAAAGCUCUGUUUACCUUCUCUUUGUGAAGUUUUGUUUACUGGUCUCUUAAAAAUAGUGUUCUUGGCACAAUAAUGAUAGGUGAGAAUAGAAAUUGGAGAGCAUUCAAUGACUAUCCAUUAACAGGGCUUGUCGAAAGGCAUCUGUAGGCAGAUCACAAAUGAAAGUUUGGCUGUAAUUCAGAGGAACUGAAGCAUUAUAUGGAGAAUAUUAUAUAAACAGUUUUGCUUCCGUGGCAUACUGUGAAAAACAAAGAUGGAGAACUCCCUGGUAAGGCCCCUUCUCAUCUGCUCCAGCUGCUCUUUUUAGCAACAACAACUGCCAGGAAGAAUUUCCUGGGAUAGAAACAGUUCCACAGGAAGACCUCUUGAUAUAUCCUCCUACUGUUUCUUCUUCAGUUGCGUCAUCAGACACACUUCACAAAUAUAGUGCCCACGUAGUAUUCUAAUGUUCAUCUUGCGGGUGAUGCCGGGGACAGUGAAAUGAAUGUGUCGUGAAAGCAGAAAGGGAACUAUUUGGGGAUAUCAGGAAGCGGACUGGCCAGAAAGGGGGUGGAGAACACAGCUAAGGAGGAAAGAACAAAGUGUAAUAUUUAUGUAUGAAAAUGCCACAGUCAUACCUACUUCUUUCUCUGCUAACCAAAAAUUUAGUUUUUUAAAGGUGCUGAAUUUUGAAAUCAAGGAACUUCUGAUAUUCAAGGUCAUUCAUUUGAUAAACAUUUGAUCACUUACAAAGCUCUGAACCUCAUGCUAAGCACUGAAAAUAUAAUAUGGAAUUAUAUAUAAUCUUAAUGAGCUCCCAGUCUAGCAGGGGAGCUAGAACUUAAAGAAAUAAUUAUACUCAAUAUAUAUAAGGGUGCUCAAAAAGUGAGGUAUAUACAAGGCUUCCUAGGAACACAGGGAAAGAAUUACUGCUGGGUCCAGGCAAUCUGUAGAUCAAAGCUUUGACUUCGCUGGAUCUGAAGGAGUGAAUGGGAGUUGCCUAUAUUCUAGGUCAAUAAAGAAGUGGCUAGCAAGGGCCAUAGCAGGAAGACCAGCACAUGAAAAGGCAUUCGGGUAAACUUGGAGAGUUGUAGUAAAGGUAUGAUGCUGUAUGUAUUCUACAAGGAAUGUGUCAGAGGGAUUCAGAAGAGGAAUGUGUUAAGUUCAUAAAAUUGCGACUAAGUGUGGUCAUUGUCUCAUAGGCACAGAGUUUUAAGUAGGGGAGUAAAAUGACUGGAUUAGAGGAUAGGAAAAAGACAGAAACAAAGUCCACUUGAAAUUUAGCAACUUUAAAGAGGUGUUCUCACAAUUAUUUACCACUCUCCAGCAGAAGUGUAAUUCUUUCAGGGUACAGAGAGUAAUAUUGUCGCCUUAUAUAUACACAAGACAUACCUUCCUGUGCCUCUUCAUAUAUUACUUAGUUGAUUAUUCAAGUUUUCUACCUCAAAUCAGUGAUCUUUGCAGCAAUUGGGGUUUGACUACCACAAAGGGAAUCUGUUUCAGAGCCCAACAGCUUCAUUUCAAAAACAUUAUGUGAAUCUUAUUUACUGCUUGCUGGGUCAGACGAGUUGAGGGCACAAGGAGGGAAAGGGAUAUAGACUGAAAUGUGUAAGGAAGUGUCUGCCUGGAAAGUGACCAGUGUCCACAAUGCUGGAAACUUCUAUGGGCCAAGUCCAAAUGUGAAAAAUAUAAGGGACAGAAGUAUAUAGAUAUAAGCCAAGUGCAUGUUGAAGGUACAUUUGCCUAAAUGUACUAUUUAGCUAAUGAGUUUUAGUUAAUUUUCUUUCUCUGACUCAGAAGCCAUAAAUAGCUUCUUGUUGUCCUUAGGAGGAAGGCCAGAUUUUGUAGCCUGGCAUUGUCUGCAAUUUAGCUCCAGCCUGUUUCCAAUAGUUAUACUUCUCUCUUAACAGAACUACGGUCCAGGCAGUUACCGUUUUCAGAUACCACUUUGACAUUCCUUCAUCUAUAUUGUUAACCUGCAGUGGGCAAGGACUAAUGUUUUAGAAUAGUAUCUACUAUAGUGUCUUGAACAUAACUGUACAGCCACGGUCUUUCUAUUGGUUGAUGAUUGUUAUUCUUCCACCCAUCUGCCAUUCUUUUUAAUAUCUAUCACUAUAGGCCUCACUGAAAAUGGUAACUGUAACAGCAUGUGGCAUAUUUCUGUGAUUUUGACAUUUGGGAGGUUGAGGCAUGGUCAUGACUAUGACUUUAAGGCCAUCCUGGGUUCUAUAGUGAGUUCGGUGGCCAGCAAAUCAACCAACCAUCCAAUAAAGGAAUGAAUAAAAUUUUAAAAUGACAACUGAGAUACCGAAUGAAAUGGAUCACUGCUCAACAAAGUUGCCUUGUAACUCUGUACUAUGUAUGUAUAUUUGUGUGUGUGUCAUACAUAUGUGUUUACACUGGGGAGCAUGUGAAGGCCAGAGGAGGGUUCCAGGUGUCUUGUAUUACUCUCUGUAUUACUCUGAGGCAGGCUCUCUCCUUUAACUUGGAGUUCACAUUUUUCAGAUUGUCCUGCAGGCAGAAAGCCCCAAUGAGCCUCCUAGUUUUGGCCAAAGCUAUGGCCCCUGACAAAAGCCAUCUCUCUAGUCUUUUAAGCACUUUUAAAUAUGGAAAAAUUCAUUCAGAAUCACUAAUUUUGUGUAGCCUGAUGUUUGGCUACUGCUAGGGCUCUUCUUACUUCCACCCAUCUCCACUCCUCUUCUCCCAUUUCAACCCCCUAACACUAAAUAAAGAGGAAACAGGAUAGAGGGGAAAGGGGUUGGUGACAUUAUUGUUAGACUGCUUCCUACUGAUUAGGGGCAAGUUUGAUCUUUGCCAUCAGCAUAUCUAAUUUCUUCUUGUUUUGUGUUUGUACACUACUAGUUUACAAACCACAAUUAAGCAACAAUGCCCCACUUUUCUGUGUCAAAGCAUUUAUGCAUCCACUGAAAAGUCCCCAGAAUUCGAGAUGUCACCAAGUUGUAGGAACUUUUUGCAGAUGGCAAAAUCACACUCCUGCUAGAACACAAGGCAAAUCAUCAUUAGCUGCUGUGGGCGAUCUGAAGCAGACCCACAUCCCACAUCUGGGAUAAACACAAGAACCCAUUCUUAUAUUUCUGUGUUUUUCUAAGAAACAAAAAUUCUCACUACAAUUUUGCCCUAAUUGCCUUAUGCUUUUACAAUGUAUGACUAUUUUCCUCUGGGAAUUUGAAGUUUAAUCAGGUACACUUUUUAUCUUUAACCUCUAAUUAUGAAAAAUAUCAAAUGUAAGACAAAAGCUGAAAAAACUAUAUUAUGAGCCCUCUCAUAAUAAUCAUGUUAUUGUACUUAAUUUCUGAAUUUAUAUUUUGUCUCUUGGUCUGUCUGUCUCUCUGUCUUUGUGUGUGUGUGUGUGUGUGUGUGUGUGUGUGUGUGUGUGUGUAUGUUUGUGUGUAUGAGAGAGAGAGAGAGAGAGAGAGAGACAGACAGACAGACAGACAGACAGACAGUUAGUUGGUAUGUAUGUGUGUAUACCAUAGCAUAUACAUGCAGGUUAGAAGACAACUUGUGGAUCAGACUCAGUUCAUGAGAUUUGGUGGCAAGUGCCUUCACCGGCUAAGCCAUUUUGCCAGUCCCUGUAUUUCUUUUUAUUACCUGCAUUGCCACCUAUUCAUCCUCUUAUGCCUUUCAAACUAAGUUUUACCAUAACUACAAUUUUUCUAAAUACUUCAGUAUUCAUAUCAUUAGCUGCAUAAAGAAAUGUUUUUGUGCUCUGAAAUCAAUCAAACCCUCCAAUUAUACCUGCAUUCGCUAUAUGCUGCCAAAACUCUAAUCUGCUUGGAUGUUGUAGGUCUGCUUUUCAAUGGAACAUGUAUUUCUUUGACUAAUUUUGAAAUGUCCUCCUGUUUUAUCUAGUGCAGUGCCAGGCACAUAGUCCAUAAAUACCACUUGAUGUUGUUGAACAGAGACAGCGUUAGGUCAUGGGGAAGAAAUGCUAAAAGUCAGAAUACACAGAGGAAGGGAGGGGGAAAGGAGUGUAUUAGAAGGUCACAGUGGAAUGGGAGGUAGUCAUUCAGGACUUGAAGUAUUCUGGGAAGAAGGAUGCUACAGUUCACUAAGUACUCCCUGCAGUACCUCUAUUUUCUUAGCUCUCUCUUUAGAAGCAGUGGUUCUAGGAAACUAGACAAAAUUGUUGCUUGGUAUAGCACAUGGUAAGUCUCCUUGUUAAAUACCACCAAUUAAUAUUUCGUUCUCCUUUAUUAACCAAUGCACCUUAAUUUUGGACACCGUGGUUGGGCUAUCUGUGCUAUAUCCUUUAGAGCACCUGAGCUCUGUAACCCUGGUUUCUGUUUUCCUCAUAACAUUUCCUCUUUUGCCAUAUCACUUAAGUUACAAAGAGAACUCUAAUCUGCUUUGAUUGAGCAGUAAUUUUGUGUCAAGUAUUGUGCUAGCUGCUAUCACAUCAGUAACACUUUACAAAAAUCUGACAACACACUUCUUUCUCCAUUCGCCAGACACCCCAACCCCCACAAACAAAACAAAACAAAACACAAGUUAGAAUUCAUGAAGCUCAAGUCUGUCCACCUAGAGAACCUAACAGUCUCAAGUAUUACAUUAGAUCAUCUGAUGGCAUUUUAAAACAUCAAUUAACAAAUAACCACAACAGCACAACCAGGGACCAGAGAGGUGGCUUAAUGGGUUAAGAUACUUUCUGCCAGUCCUGAUGAGCUGAAUUAAACCCCUGGAAUUCACAAAGUAGAAUGAGAGAACCACUCCCUUUGAUCCACACGUGCUGUAUGUAAUAUUUAUGUCCAUGUGCAAGCACACAAGUGCACAUGAGCGAACACAAAGACAAUAAACAAAGGUUAGAAAAGACAAAUAGAAAUACAAGGAACUCUACCUUUACUUGGUGGCUCAGCAUGUGAUUUAUUCAUUAAGCAUUUUCAGUUGUAUGAUUGAAUUAGAAAGUAUGCCCUAAUCAUUAAGAUGUUGGUUUAGUAAGGAUUCUGGUUGCUUGAGUUCAAAUCUCAAUCUUUUCAUGGUAGUUGAUUGACUAAGUUCUCAUUUAACAUAAGGUGGCCAAUUUUCUUGCUUAGAAAUGUAUAUAAUACCUAAACAACAUUGUAUUGUGUGGACUGAUUAAUGCAACUAUUUGAAAUACUGUGCCGUGUCUAGUAUACACUAGAUGAUCACCAUAUUUUAGAUUACUCCCCUCCUUUCAUAUUUUUUUGGGGGGAAUCACACUGUUCAACUAUAACUUUCACUUGAAAAUGACAAAGUUGUAAAUGUAACUUUUAUUGACUAAAUGUAAUUGUCUCAGAGGCUGACUGCUGAAUAAGCUCACCCUUUCUAGUUCUUUCUGAACUCUGGCUGGCUGGUUCAACUCAACUGUUUUUGCUCAAACUUCUCUCCGUGCUAACUGAUACAAACUGGCUUCUCUUGCCUUCUCCCUGAAUUUCUCUGGUCUCAAAGUAAUUUUGGCAAUUUGUUUUAAUCUUCUAGCUCCUUCUGAUUCUCUGACUUUAACUGCCUCUGCUGAACUGCACUGUACAAACUGCACAAACUGAACUCCACUGCAUUGUUUGAACUUAACAUCACUCUAGCCUUCCAUUUCCUGACAUCUCUGUCAAAUCUUUCUCUGAUUCCUCACUGUGUCUGCCCCUGUUGGAUUGAUUAUAUAUCAUUUCAAAUACCGCUGCUUUCUUUCACAAACUAACUUUACCUUCACUGUUUAAGAUUAAAGGUGUGGGGCUGGGGAUUUAGCUCAGUGGUAGAGCGCUUACCUAGGAAGCGCAAGGCCCUGGGUUCGGUCCCCAGCUCCGAAAAAAAAAAAGAACAAAAAAAAAGAUUAAAGGUGUAUACUAAGGGAGUGUUUGUAUUCCAGCAGAUUAUACUGUAAUCCAGAAUGUGACUGAAUUUCUGCCAGAUCACAUAGGCCUAGAACAUUUUUGGACCUGAUCCCUUGCCAGAGUAGCUAUGUUACUGGAUUAAAAUUCCUCUACACAAAGUGUCCCUAAAACAUUUUUUUCGAGCAAAUAUCUUUUUAAAAAAGGACUGUUGAGGUGCUUUUUCUUUUGAGUCUUAACAAGACAAGCUACCAACUCUUAUGUAAAACCUAUUUCAAAAUAAGCUAUGUAAAAUAGGAGGUAUCAAUUCACAAGACAGCUAGUUGUGGUAAGGAUAGGCACUGAGGGAGUAUUGACAAGUUGUAUAGCUUGGUGUUCUUAUGCGACUCCCAACAGGAUGAGUCUUUUACCUGACUCUUUUGCCUGCUCUUGGGACCCUUUUUUCCUGCUGGGUUGCCUCCUCCAACUUUGUUAUGAGGGUUUGUGCCUAGUCUUAUCAAAAGUUGAUAUGCCAUGUUUGGUUGAUAUCCCUGGGCAGCUGGCUCUUUUCUGAAGGGAAACUGGAGGAGGAGUGGCUAGAGGAGAGAUGAGUGGGGACUGGAAGGAGAGUAGACAGGGGAAACUUCAGUUGGGAUGUAAUGUAUAAGAGACGAAUGAGAGCAAGAGAGACUUGUGAUGAGUAUCUGUGCUUCUUAGCUCUCGGGGCCAAGUUGCGAUGUCAUUUAAUUUUUUCACUACACUAGAUAUUGACAAUACUAGCACAGGCCGUUUCAAAGCCAGCAAGACAAGGCUAAGAGAAUGGAAGUGACUUGAACAAGGUCAAACUGCUAAAAAAAUAAAAAUGAAUAAAACAGAAGAGUCUGUUCUCCUGAUUCUUUUCCCCUUUGAGAGCUUUUAAGCUUUUAAGUCUGCUUACAGUAUGCCCUUUACAGAAACUUGAACUGUAUGUUCUAUGAGGGUUUGUCAAAUGUGAUGGAUUCCAAAAACCUGAAGGUUAGUCAUGGUUCAAAUUAGUUCAUUAUUUCUUACUUUACUGUAUUCUUAAAUUUUCAUUUUAAGGUUUAGCAAAUUAAUGUUGUUCCUUUCUGUUGAAGUUUAUGGCUUGGUUCAAAUUCUUGAUUCAGUUACAUCUUCCAUUGGGACUUUUGUUUUUGACAAAUACACCUGGAAUCCCAGAUGGUUAAUGACCUAAUUUAUGUGACCAGUGACUUGCGAUAUGGAGUGACUGCUGAGGGGAAGCUCAAGGAUCUCAUUCAUGCUUGGGUUUUAACAUUUGAAGUCAGGGUAAUAUGAACAUUGCAGUAGUUACUGGCAUUUCGUCUCCUCAGGAUACUUUGAUUUUCCAUUUUGGCUCAUGUGGGUUGAAGGAGCUGCACACCCCACCUCACAGGAACACACAUUAUUGUCAUUGUGAAUAGUCUAUCAGUCGUCUUUUACACAGGGCCCUUAUAUUUGGACUGAAGGAAUAGUGCUGACAAAAGAAAUCAUUUUUCUAGUCCUUUUGCCUUUACUUUGUGUGGCACUUCUGAGGAACUUGAGGGAUUUGAAUUUCAAACUUGAAUUUGUAUAAGUUCUUUAUAAUGCCCAAAGAUAGAACACCCUGAUUCCAAAGUACAGCCAUUAUUUCAGUCCUAUCAUGCCCAAUUUAAAGCUUCAGCAACCGCCUUUUGUGGAAUCCAUAGUUGGGCUGGUACCUUUCUUUGCAGCCAGCCAUACUAAGGUGAGCUUGUGAUAGAGGGUUGUAGCUGGGCCUCUGGGGAUCUGUACUUGACAUUUUAGGCUUUCUGUACGCCAGUGGAAGAAAGCAAACGCUGGCGUUAGGACCUCCAGUGUUGUGAGCUCUUGUUUAUCCAUAUAAGCAGCUGGAAGGCGAGGUUGCAGCUUUGGUUAUAAAAAGUAUCACUCACAGUGCUUCCAAAGGGAAGCAGGAAAGAUUUGCCACGAUACGGCAAGUGUGUGAUUAGAAAGAGAAGUCACUUAUUCUCUCUUCUCCUUUCUCCCCCUGCUGGCCUGUUUCCUCUCUCAUCUUUCUAGCCUCUCCUUCCCUUUUCCCCUUAAAUGGCUCUUUUGGUCUUAAGCUACUAGUCAGGUAACCCUUUGUGUUUCAUAUCAUCUACUUUCCCCGUUGAUUUAAAAUAGAUUUCAGAUAAAUAUUUUACUGGCAUUUUUAGCAAUGCCAAUGGUAUUUUUUUUAGCAAUGCCAAUGGUAUUUGAGAGAACAAUUAGAAAGUUUUCUUUCUUAUUGCAAGGAUUGCCUAAACACUUGUUUGAAGUCACAGAUGGCACUGGAGGGGGCCAAGAUGAGCUGACAUCUGAUAUUUCUGCUUUUUUUUUUUGGCCGUUUCACAUUUGUCUCAUGUGGACAGACACACACUUGGGUAACCACCAUACAGAUGGAAAUCAGGACAUGUGGGAUUUGGCUGAACCAGAGGUCCCCAAACAUUGCCUGGAUCAUUUAGUACCCCAGGUGUGGCCACCCCAGGACUUCAUGUGCUAAAAUUGCGUCCCAGUAUAAGCCAGCUGGUCACUGUAUAUAUAGUAUCAAGGCAACUUGUAGCCUUAGAAAGCAUGACUUUUGAUUUUUACCUUGUGGAUUUAGACAUAACCAACUUAAAUCUUUUCCCUACAUAGUGAGCAUAGAGGAUGUGGCAGGUAAAUAGAAAGGUUUAGCAAAAGGAGACGUUUAUGUUUCAAUAGUUAGUUUCAACAUUUCUUUUUACAAAAUCCUUUUCUGGAGACGUCUAAGAACAAACAAUGAUCCUAACUUUAAAAUUGGAAGAAUUGAACAGUGCUUUUUAAAAAAAAAUAUAUUAGUCCUUUCUGCCUACCUGUGUGAGAGCGGUGCUUCACUUGAGCAUUUAAGCAGGAGUUGGGUCCUAGUGCACUAAUCACUUUACUCAGGUGUCUGUCCCUUUCCAGUUUACAGAAGAGCCUUAACUAUUAUCUCCUGAGCUUCUUAGGAUAGGUAAAGCAGUCCGGCUCCCUACUGGCAUCUCCAACUUAUAAGUAAGGAAGCUUAGGCUCAGAGCAGUUUUGUUUCUUGUCUGUAUCACAAAGCUGUAGAAAUGGAAUCCCUACUUUCCCUGAAACCCGCCCCUAGAUGUUCCUUGAAGUGUGUCAUUUUCUUCAUAAGAAAGUCCUUCCUUGCUGUUUCUAUUCAUAGAUCAUUUUAAAAAUCAGUCUGAAGAAGUGUGCUUCACUUUAGCAGAUGAACAAAAGCAAAGCAUUUUCUGAUUAAGGUCACUUAGCAUAUGAGUCCUGCAGUAGCCUUGCUUUCUUAGCUUGGUUUUAAAUGAAUUGUUUGGAGAGAGAUUGUUUUCAGUGUUAAACAGAUGCACAAAAGUUGUCUGAUUAUAGGUGAGGAUGCUGCACCUGGAGAAUGGGAGUAAGGUUGAAAAGUUGGCUUAAAAUAAUUAGCCUCUUGUGUUUUUGUUAAGAGAUGCCAUGUUCAAUAGAAUUUAAUUUCUUUAUACUUCCCGUGCUGUCAGCUUUUAAAAUAUAAUUCUUUAGUGAAAAGGAGCAAAUAUCCAUUCAGAGUGUUGAUCUGUCAGGAACAGGGGUAGCCAGAGGGAAAAGAAAGUAGAGGGGUGACUGUCUAUACCCUGAAGUGUGGGUAAGUGUUAUUUUGUUUGGAGCUGCGAGCUAAGAUUUCUUUUAAGGCAUGCAAAUGGUAAAGUUGUGAUUUGUCAACUGCACGCUGUUUCUUUAGGCACUGAUGUAUGAAAUCCUGAACGAAUUCUCCAAUGAACAUACUGCUAAUUGCUUCUCCACCUGCUCUCCAACCUCCCCUCACCCCACCCCCUCCACUCUCAAUUCAGCCUAUAAGUGUCCGUCAUUGGAGAUGGAUGGUGACACAUGCAGUAAUAGCAAUUCAUAAAAGGCAGUUCCAGCCCUUGUCUUCAAGGCUCCUGGAUUUCCCACUGCCUGCUUUUGUGUAAGUGAAGUGGAUGGAAGUGCUACUGGCAUCAGAAUCCACCUCCCCGUGCUCCGGCGCUAGAGCUCAGUUGCUCGGCUGGAGCUGAGCUUAACAGAAGCAUCGGAUCUGAGCAGAAUUGUAGCAGCAGUGAUUUUCUCCCCCCUCCAUGGGGGGUGGGUUAGGGAUAGUGUGUAGUGGGGGCUUAGGUUGUUUUAGCUUUUCUUUUUGAGGACAGAGACGGUCGGGAGAGAAUAACUCCCGGCAGGAUACAACGUGAAACAGUUCCCUGAAGAGUGUAACAAUGUUCCUGGUACAGUAUACAGGAUUGAAUCAGCUGCCCUUUGACCCUGCCAACAACAACGAACCCCUGCAGUUUGGUAGUGCCAGUGGCCCUCUGGUCCCAGAAGGCCUCAUUGAGAAUGGAGGGGAAUCAAGCAAGAAAAGAAAGAGAACAAAUGCUCCUUCAGCUGAUAAUACUAGAACUCUGAAUGUAGAUUCUGCUGCAAUGACGCUACCUGUAUCUGAUCCAACUGCAUGGGCCACAGCAAUGAAUAAUCUUGGAAUGGCGCCUCUGGGAAUUGCUGGACAACCAAUUUUACCUGAAUUUGAUCCCGCCCUUGGAAUGAUGACUGGAAUACCACCAAUAACUCCAAUGAUGCCUGGUUUGGGAAUAGUACCUCCACCAAUUCCUCCAGAUAUGCCUGUAGUAAAGGAGAUCAUACACUGCAAAAGCUGCACGCUCUUCCCUCCCAACCCAAAUCUCCCGCCACCUGCAACACGAGAAAGACCACCAGGCUGUAAGACUGUAUUUGUGGGUGGCCUGCCUGAAAAUGGGACAGAGCAGAUCAUUGUGGAAGUGUUUGAGCAGUGUGGAGAGAUCAUUGCUAUCCGGAAGAGCAAAAAGAACUUCUGUCACAUUCGCUUUGCUGAGGAGUACAUGGUGGACAAAGCCCUCUAUCUGUCUGGUUACAGAAUUCGCCUGGGCUCUAGUACUGACAAGAAGGACACAGGCCGGCUCCAUGUUGACUUUGCCCAGGCUCGGGAUGACUUAUACGAAUGGGAGUGUAAACAGCGUAUGCUAGCAAGAGAGGAGCGGCACCGUAGACGGAUGGAAGAAGAAAGAAUGCGUCCACCAUCCCCACCCCCAGUGGUCCACUAUUCAGAUCAUGAAUGCAGCAUUGUUGCUGAAAAACUAAAAGAUGAUUCCAAAUUCUCAGAAGCUGUGCAGACUUUGCUCACCUGGAUAGAGAGGGGGGAGGUGAACCGCCGCAGUGCCAACCACUUCUACUCGAUGAUCCAGUCAGCCAACAGCCAUGUCCGCCGACUAGUGAAUGAGAAAGCUGCCCACGAAAAAGAAAUGGAGGAAGCAAAAGAGAAGUUCAAGCAGGCCCUUUCUGGAAUUCUCAUUCAGUUUGAGCAGAUAGUAGCUGUGUACCAUUCCGCUUCCAAACAGAAGGCAUGGGACCACUUCACAAAAGCACAACGUAAAAACAUCAGCGUUUGGUGCAAACAAGCUGAGGAAAUUCGCAACAUUCAUAAUGAUGAAUUAAUGGGAAUCAGGAGAGAAGAAGAAAUGGAAAUGUCUGAUGAUGAAAUAGAAGAGACAACAGAAACAAAAGAAACAGAAGAAUCAGCCUUAGUGUCACAGGCUGAAGCUCUGAAGGAGGAAAACGAUAGCCUCCGUUGGCAGCUGGAUGCCUACCGGAAUGAGGUAGAACUGCUCAAGCAGGAACAAGGCAAGGCUCACAGGGAGGAUGACCCAAACAAGGAGCAGCAGCUGAAACUUCUGCAGCAAGCCCUACAGGGGAUGCAGCAGCAUCUGCUCAAAGUCCAAGAGGAAUACAAAAAGAAAGAAGCUGAACUUGACAGAAUCAAAGACGACAAGUUACAGGUGGAAAAACUGUUGGAAAAUCUUCAUGAAAAGCAGGAAAACUGUACUUCAAGACUGUGUGCAUCAAGCCAAGAAAGUGACCACCCUCUUGAGAAGGCCAUAAUCGGCAACCCUGUCAAAUCGGAACGUGAGGCACUGCUAGUGGGGAUCAUCUCCACAUUCCUUCACGUGCACCCAUUUGGAGCAAGCAUUGAAUACAUCUGUUCCUACUUGAAUCGUCUUGAUAAUAAGAUCUGCACCAGUGAUGUGGAAUCUCUCAUGAGUAGACUCCAACAUACCUUCAGGCAGGAAAUGACCGGAGUUGGAGCCAGCCUAGAGAAGAGAUGGAAAUUCUGUGGUUUUGAAGGCUUGAAGCUGACCUGAAGCUCUUUGACUAAUAAUUUGGGAUCCUGGAAAAAAAUGCGUGCUGGACAAGCUUAGGAUGUGAUUUUUUUUUUUAUUCUCAGUGGUUUUCAAGAGGACAUUGCUUUCAAUUUGUCAAUUCAUUCCUGAAUAUCUUUCAACUUAAAAUAAGGAUCCUAGAACAGCAUCUCAAGCUACAGGUCCUAAAAGAUAUUGCCUCAAACCACAAGUGCUGUAACUUCCUCCUAUUUCUGGCAAUUGGUUGACUUCUCUUAAGUAAUAGUGAAAAAUUCCUGAGACUAAAGAGUAUUUGGCGUGUGUUCAGUGUUGUACUACUGUUGUAGACCUUGUACUUUGUCAGCGCUGUUAACUGCAAUGUUUUGAUGAUCUGUAAGUGCUUUGUGUUUCCAGAUUUCUCUCCACAUGUUGCUACUGGUAAAAGGAGUGAGAGCAUUGCUAGGACCCCCUAUAACUGCCAUUGUCUUCUCCAUCUGCAGUAAACACUAACUGAAUAAUCCAUCAGUGUCUUCUAUAAGGUGCUUCACCAGUUCACCUUUGAAAUAAAAAAGCAUGAACUGUGGCUUUUUGUAAAAAUACUGUGAACCAAAAGUUGACAAACGUUCCAAAGUUAUUUUCUCUAAUAGAUAAAAGGUCUAUCUCAGAAUUUUAAAACAAGAAAUCUAGAUGGACUCAUGGAAAGUCUCCAGUAUAACUACCGUGUCUGUGCUUUUCAGAAUUACUUGUAAAUAGUCUGCUUUUAAAAGAGGGCAUGUUUAGUUUUCUAUGAAUUAAAAUGCAGUCAGGCGUGGGCACAUGUGUGCUCACAUUGGCAGAAGGGAUUUAUUUUAAUAGUCCUUCCUACUGUCUGUUGGUCCAUUUUUUCCUGCUGUUAGUGUGUUGAAUUACAAACUGUGUACUGCUGUAAAUGCUGUUUACUUUGUGCUGGAUGUUUGUAAACAACUGAUGUGAGUAUUGAAAGUAAAGAACUAAUGAAUAAA